GGCAAGCGGGCGGCCAUUUUGUGGCGCUGGUUUCAGCGCGGAGAGCGGGGGCCUCAGUGGCGAGUUAAAUUUCUUUUUAACGCCCUUUUCCCGUACAGGCCGCUCGGUAAGAACUCGGCACUAUCCUGGCUCGCUCUCUGCCUCGUUGGGAAACGGGAGGGAGACCGGCCGUCUCCGGCGUGCCUGCCAGGAGAGUUUGUUCAUUCCGACCGUGGCUGCACAAAGAAGGUGGGGCGGGAACUUGGGCCUGUGGGCGAGAUCCGGAGCCCAGUCGGCUCCUUCGGCCCCAGUCUUUACAGAGGGCUCCGUGGGUAGGAAAGGGUCAAGGAGACGCUUAGCAUUGCAGGCCGUUUUCGGCCUGGUGCGCAGAGUUAUGCUGCUGCGCGCGGGAGACGAUGCUGGUUCGGGGCAGUGACGAGCUGCCUGUGGGCCCCGUGUGUUUUUGUGACCUCCUUUCUUUAGGGGGUAGUCUAAAAGUUGGUUUUAAUUGGUUGCCCACAGGAUUGACUUGGCUUCUGCUACUUGUUAAGGAAAAAAAACACCUCUUCUUGCAGGUGUGUGUGUUUCAGCGCAGCAUGGCUGUGGUCAUCCGUUUGCAAGGUCUCCCAAUUGUGGCGGGGACUAUGGACAUUCGCCACUUCUUCUCUGGAUUGACCAUUCCUGAUGGGGGCGUGCAUAUUGUAGGGGGUGAGCUGGGUGAGGCUUUCAUCGUCUUUGCCACUGAUGAAGAUGCAAGGCUUGGUAUGAUGCGCACAGGUGGUACCAUUAAAGGGUCCAAAGUAACCCUGUUACUAAGCAGUAAAACUGAAAUGCAAAAUAUGAUUGAACUCAGUCGAAGACGUUUUGAAACAGCGAACCUAGAUAUGCCACCAGCAAAUGCUAGCAGGUCCGGGCCGCCACCUAGUUCUGGAAUAAGUAGCAGGGUGACUCUUCCUACUACUGUACCUAACUUCAACAGCCCCUCAACUAGUGUAGUAACUGCAGCUACUUCAGUUCAUGAAAGUAACAAAAAUAUACCAACAUUUUCCACUGCUAGUAUGGGAACGGCACCACCAAGUCUGGGUGCUACUUUUGGAAGUCCCACAUUUAGCUCAACUGUACCCAGUACAGCCUCUCCAAUGAACACGGUACCACCUCCACCAAUACCUCCUAUUCCAGCUCUGCCAUCAUUGCCCCCAAUGCCUUCUAUUCCUCCCAUUCCUGUCCCACCACCUGUACCUACAUUGCCUCCUGUUCCUCCUGGGCCACCUAUACCUCCUGUGCCACCUGUGCCACCAAUGACACCUCUCCCUCCAUUAUCAGGAAUGCCUCCUAUGAAUGCCCCACCUGUUGCACCUUUGCCUGCUGGAAUGAAUGGGUCUGGAACAGCAAUGAAUUUGAGCAGUAACUUGAAUCCAGUGUUUAUGAAUCCUAUAAAUGCUAUUCAGAUCAGUUCUCAACCUGGUAUGAAAUCACUUCCUGUCAAUCCAGAUGAUUUAUAUGUCAGUGUCCAUGGAAUGCCAUUUACAGCAACAGAAUCCGAUGUCAAAGACUUUUUCCAUGGUCUCCGUGUGGAUGCAGUUCAUUUUCUGAAAGAUCAUGUAGGACGGAAUAAUGGAAAUGGAUUAGUUAAAUUUUGCUCUCCUCAAGAUACAUUUGAAGCCUUGAAACGAAACAGGAUGCUGAUGAUUCAGCGUUAUGUUGAAGUUAGUCCUGCAACAGAGAGACAGUGGGUGGCUGCAGGAGGCCAUAUAACAUUCAAGCAGACUAUGGGUUCUUCUGGACAAAAUCAUCCUUCUCCUCAGGCUCUUUCUAUGUCCAAAUCUCCCAAUGGUCAGAAAAGAUCCAGAUCCAGAUCUCCACAUGACCAAGGCUUCUGUGUUUAUUUAAAGGGUCUUCCUUUUGAAUCUGAGAACAAACAUAUAAUAGAUUUCUUUAAAAAAUUAGAUAUUGUGGAAGACAGUAUUUACAUAGCUUAUGGACCCAAUGGGAAAGCACUCGGUGAAGGUUUUGUUGAGUUUAGAAAUGAAGCUGACUACAAAGCAGCUUUAUGUCAUCAUAAGCAGUAUAUAGGAAAUCGUUUUAUUCAAGUUCAUCCCAUAAGUAAAAAAGCUAUGUUAGAAAAAAUAGAGGCAAUUCGAAAAAGACUGCACAAUUUCAACUACGAUCAGAGAGAGAUUGCAAUGAAUACAGAAGGAGAGACAGGUCCUUCUAAACUAUAUGCACGUAUAUCCAAUAUCCCCUAUAACAUUACCAAAAUGGAAAUCCUUCAGUUUCUAGAGGGUCUGGCAAUAGAAGAGAAUUCUAUACAGAUUCUUGUUGAUACUAAUGGGCAAGGCUUAGGACAAGCACUGGUCCAGUUCAAAACUGAAGAAGAUGCUCGCAAGGCAGAACGCCUACAUCGAAAGAAAUUGAAUGGGAGGUAUGUUGUGCUAAGACUGAUUGCUCCUGAAGAAAUGAGAGAAGUUGAGAGAAAUCCUCCCUCCCAAGGGAAAAAAAUGUUGAAAUUGCCAUUGCAGGGGAAUACAGCAAUACCAGGAGUGCAAAAUACUGGUGGGGAUGAGCAUUCUUUCAUAGGUGGUUGCUCAAAAGAGGCAAAUAGUGGUCCUUUUCCAGUAUUUUCUAGUAAUUUCGGUGGUUCUAAUGCAUUUGGUCCUCCUCUUCCACCUCCAGGUAUAGGGGGAGCUGGCUUUGAGGAUUCCAGACCAGGAAUACCUUCUGUUGGAAAUAGUUGUUUACCUGGUCUACCUGGCUCAGGAAUAGAAGUCCCAGGUUUUGGAGGUGGGCCUAGUAAUUUAACUGGGCCAUCAGGUUUUGGAGGGGGCCCACAGAAUUUUGGAAAUGCCCCUGGUAAUUUAACUGGCCCUCCUAGUUUUGGAAGUGGGCCUCCAAAUCUUGGUGGUGGCCUUGGACACAUAAGUGGACCUCCAGGGUUUGGACCUGGACCUGGAAACUUGCAUAUUACAGGGCCUCCUGGGUUUGGAGCUGGCUCUGGAAAGCCAGGGCCAACUGUUAUUAAGGUUCAGAAUAUGCCCUUUACUGUGUCAGUAGAUGAAAUUUUGGAUUUCUUCUAUGGUUACCAAGUAAUUCCAGAUUCAGUAUGUUUAAAAUUCAAUGAGAAAGGUAUGCCCACAGGUGAAGCAAUGGUUGCAUUUGAGUCUCGUGAUGAAGCAAUGGCAGCUGUUGUUGAUCUGAAUGACAGACCAAUAGGAUCAAGAAAAGUGAAACUUAUGGCUCAGUGUGUGACCAAGGUGGAACUGUCCAUAUCCUGUGACAAUCUGAUAGAUAAGGAUGUUGGCUCCAAAUCUGAUCCUCUGUGUGUCUUACUCCAAAAUGUUGGCGGAGACCAAUGGACUGAAUUGGAUCGAACUGAAAAAAUAAAGAAUUGCCAAAAUCCACAGUUUUCCAAGAGGUUACUGAUUGAUUAUUAUUUUGAGAAAGUUCAGAAACUGAAAUUUGGCAUGUAUGACAUCGAUAACAAGUCGUAUGACUUAAACGAUGACGACUAUCUUGGAGGGGCAGAGUGCACCUUGGGACAGAUUGUGUCAAGCAAAACAGUCACUCAGCCUUUAAUGUUGAAGAAAGGAAAACCUGCAGGAAAAGGCACUAUUACGAUUUCUGCAGAAGAGAUUAAAGACACCAGAGUUGUAUCUCUGGAUGUUGAAGCUCGGAAUUUGGACAAAAAGGAUUUUCUGGGCAAAUCUGAUCCAUUUUUGGAGUUUUACAAGCAAAGUGACAGUGGAAAAUGGCAACUUGUGUUCCGAUCAGAGGUAAUUAAGAACAAUUUAAAUCCGUGCUGGAGAAAAUUCAGUGUUCCUCUACAAACAUUCUGUAGUGGUGAUUUCAACAAACCAAUCAAGGUCCAGUGUAAUGAUUAUGAUAGUGAUGGGUCACAUGAUUUGAUAGGCACUUUUGAAACUAAUCUCUCCCAACUACAGAAUGCAAGUGGCAGCUCUCCGGUGGAAUUUGAGUGUAUUCACCCUGAAAAGAAGAGAAAAAAGAAAAGUUACAAAAAUUCUGGAAUUGUUAGAGUCAAAUCCUGCAAGAUUGAAAGAGAGUAUUCUUUUUUGGAUUAUAUCAUGGGAGGCUGCCAGAUUAAUUUCACAGUGGGCAUAGAUUUCACUGGCUCCAAUGGUGAUCCAAAGUCACCAGAUUCUCUUCACUAUAUAAGCCCGAAUGGGAUAAAUGAGUAUCUCAGUGCCAUCUGGACUGUGGGGAAUGUGAUUCAGGAUUAUGACACUGAUAAACUGUUUCCUGCCUUCGGGUUUGGAGCCCAGGUUCCUCCAGAUUGGCAGGUCUCACAUGAAUUUGCAUUGAACUUUAACCCCACCAAUCCCUACUGCCAAGGUAUCCAAGGAAUUGUGGAUGCUUAUCGCCAGGCAUUGCCUCAGAUUCGUCUUUAUGGCCCAACAAACUUUUCUCCAAUUAUAAAUCAUGUUGCUAGGUUUGCUGCUCACUCAGCACAACAAAGGACUGCUUCACAAUACUUUGUCCUGCUGAUUAUCACAGAUGGGGAGAUCACUGACCUGGACCAAACCAGGCAGGCCAUUGUCAGUGCCUCCAAGUUGCCCAUGUCUAUUAUUAUUGUGGGAGUUGGCAGUGCUGAGUUCAAAGCCAUGGAAUUCUUGGAUGGAGAUGAUGGCGUCCUGAAGUCCUUGACAGGGGAGCCAGUUGUACGCGAUAUUGUCCAGUUUGUGCCUUUCAGACAGUUCCAAAAUGCUCCUCGUGAGGCACUUGCUCAGACAGUGUUGGCGGAGGUUCCCAAGCAACUGGUGUCCUACUUCAAGAUGGUUGGCUUGGCUCCAGUAAAAUCACCCUCAGAAAAGCAGCUUUAAAACAAAUAUGCUGUCUUCUCAUUUAGAAAGGAAGGAAGAAUACUACCUAUAUGUAGUUUGCUAAUGGUUUCUGUCAUCCUGUAUUCCAGAUAAUGUUAAUGAGAUUUCUAUGUAUAGUGGGAAUACAGUCAACCCUCAACUUACAAACAGCCCCACAUACGAACUUUUUGAUUUACAAACGGCUCUGUUGUUAAAAAUUGGCAUCGACCUAUGAACGAGGUCGAGGCUGCGUUCGCAAGUCAAUGCCAUUUUUUGCCAACAGAGCCGUUCGUCGCCUUCGGAGGUCUCAAAGGGCUUUCUGC